AUGCCCUCCCGCCUGCGGCCAGAGGUGUUGUGUGCGAUAUCGACGUCGGAUGAGCAAGACCCAUCGCCCUCAAAUGUCUUCAGGGAAAAGCUAGCAGACCUGGGUCUAUUAUCUGCCAAGAUGAUCAACUACUCCAGAUCACCAUGGGCUUCCCCCAUCGUGGUGAUCAUUAAGAAGAAUGGAGUGGAUAUCAGACUAUGUAUCGAUUAUCGGCUGCCUGACACAACUGAUGGUAUACCCAAUGCCCUUGAUCAGCGAUCUACUCGAAGAUCUGGAGUCGACACUUUGGUAUUGUUCUUUGGAUAUGGCGAGUGGAUUUUGGGUAGUGAAAACGACGGAUCGCGCUCGUUUGAUCUCGGCCUUUAUCACUCCUUUUUUGGGUUAUUUGAAUGGAACCGAAUGCCCUUCGGCUUGAAGAAUGCGCCCCAGAUCUAUCAACGUAUGAUCGACAACGCGCUAUAUGGGUUCACCAGGAUCCCGAAGGCUGAAGAUCACGAAAGUACUUUGGAUUUGAGGACGGGGAACCGGUGGAUCCAGGCAAGCCAUCGAUCAUAUAUCGAUGACAUCCUGAUCCCCGCCAAUAACUGGGAUCAACUAUGUGACCGAGUCGAGGGGUUGCUCGAAGCAUGUGAUAAGUGGAAUCUGUCGAUCAGUGUGGUCAAAAGUUUCUGGGGGAUGUCCAAGGUGGAAUACCUUGGGCAUAAGUUCUCGCACAAUGGACUGGAGGCGAAUCCAAAAGAUUUAUCUGCACUGACUGAUCUAGCCUUUCCAAAGUCACUCAGAGCUAUGUAA